GAGCCUUCUCACUAGCGUAAUCUUAUUUUUCAGUACAAUUUGAAAAUAGUCCUUGAGCUUCGCCUUCCGCGACCAAAACCACAUAUCAAACGUGUUUCUUCUCUACUUCUCUCCAAUUCAUUUGACAACUUUUGAGUAAAUUUCAAGAUCAAACCACCUCCUACACAAUGAGACGAACCAAGAAACGCAGUACCAAGAAGGCGCUUCAAAAACAAUGGCAGAAAGUUGAUCGAGGCAAUGGCCAAUCCUUAGAACAAAAUGCGCCACAAGCCUCCAUCGGCAACAGAAAGACUCCACCUGCAGCAAAGUCAACAUCAAUUUUAAAACGCAUGCCAGCUGAAAUACGAAGAGAAAUAUUGAAAUACCUUUUAAUCAAUCCUGACUUAGGCACAGCCUCGUGUAUUCACAGGGAUGAAGGAUGGGGUUCCAAAGUCAAGUACGAACUUCAGCCCGCAAUUCUACGCGUCUGCAAGCAACUUCACAUAGAAGGAGUGGAGAUACUCUAUGGAGUAAAUCAGUUUUUCAUAGAAUGUGCCUUGUCAACUUGGGACCAUCUACUUCACCGCUGUGCCUUGACCAGGUUUCAGGAAUAUCAAAGGGAUGGCUUCGGUUUAUCCAGCGAACUAGCCAAAAAUCAGUUAAGAGCUGUGCCAAGUGUGAACCGCAUCAGAAAUUGGAAGGUACUAAUAGCUCCAAUGCGCAGUGGCAUGCGCAUUAAUAUCAUGAACUUUUGUCGUUCCAUAUGUCAUAGUGGGUUAAAGUCGAUGGAGAUUGUGAUUGCGCCUUGGGGUGGUCUACAGUUUCAAGACUUGAUGUUAGAAGGUCCCGGCGGAAGAGCUGAAGCCAAUAAAGUAACGGCGGAAAAGUUACAGGAAGUUUUGUCACCCUUGGAGAUUCUUCGAUGCACUGGAAAUUUUGACAUUCGUGGAGCAAACCCAGAGGAAAUGCCCGACUUUCUCUUUGAAGGAGAUAUACCAACGUUGGACUACCACGACUGGUUAGUAGGGAGCCGUGGGAAAGUUGUUGCACCUCGUGGAAGGGCAUCGUUACCGGAUACGACAUACUUACCUCAUCUGAUUGAACUCGUUCGAGGUGAUUCUAAAGUCGAACCUUUCCAUGAAAUAUUUUACGCUUUUUUCAACUACGUACAGGCUUUCGAACGAAUCGAUAAAUUCCGAGACCACAUGACUGUUCACCAUCCGUGUCCAACUUCAGACUUGGCACAGAAUCCUUUUCGUCUAACCCAUCCUGUAGAUUCCGCUCUCCUAAAGGCUUUGCGUAUGCAAACAAACGACAAAGCAGGGGCACAAAAUGUUCUUGAAUUGAAAGUUCUUCGGUCAAGUGCCAUAAGGUUUCUCGAGAGACAAUAUCAGAGAAUUCAACAAGCCGCCAAUGAUUUGGUCAGAUUUGUCAAAGAACACAAGAUAUACGGUGGUUUGCUCGAUCCUACUCAGUUACCACCAUCUGAUUCUUCUCGUGAAGCGCAAUGCGAGGGACUUGUUUUGUUGAAAAACUACGCGGAAUCCUUGGAUAGAGAGUUAACAACGGCAACCAAAAUUGCUAUCUGCCAGUUGGAGGGUCAAUAUGAGAAGAGGUUCAAACUACUUCCCCGAGAGAUUGCUAUUGCAAAAUGUACGCAUGCUUAUAGAGGUGGAAAAGUGCAAGAAUUCGUGGAAAACUUCAAGUAUGCAGUCGAUAACAUGGAUACUCAAUAUCUUGCAAUUCGCAACGCGAGGAAGCAGCUCUUCGUAUGGGACUUGAAGGGUCCUGGUUAUACUGCCGAAAUUGACGUGGAGCCAUUAAGAUGUGAUGAAAGAAUUGCGUGGGGUAAAUUUGAGCCGGAUAUGGAUGCCAGGAAGGCAGAGAUACUGGGACGAGGAGGUUGCAGAUCUUGCCGCAAAUCGCUACGUGCAGAAUCAUAUCGAGAAGAUUUAGUUUAGUUGGUGGGUGAUUCCUAAGACAAAAUGCUGCAAGUGGUAUCUUUUAUUGCUUUCGCGGACGAGCAUCGGAUAUUCGUAUGGCCAUUUCUUUCUCUAUUCUGCUUUGAGUUGUGGCAUCAGGAUCUUCUUUUGUGUCUAUCUUAUUUCGUGGGGGUGGCAAGUUUGGGAUUCAGUUACAACGUUUGUCUUUCAUCUUGUUCCCUGGUCGGACGGCUAAAAUUUCUAAGAAAUGGUGGGAAAAAUGAAGUUGCUCAUAUUAGUCAUUGUUUCCUUCAUCUUACUUAGUAGUUAUCAAGCAAUUGGCCGUUGGUUCA